AUGAGUGAAGCAAACCAAGGGAAUAAUCCUGAUGCUUCAGCAAUUGUCCCUCUGAAACGCAGGCGUGGGCGUCCACGCAAGUACCCUAAAAUGGAGGUUGAUCAUGUGGCGAAUGCACAUGUUAACGUUCCAGGGAUUCAAAAUCUAAACCAUGGAGAGAAUGCUCAUGCUCCUCCUGGAUUUGGAGUGGUCAAUAGUAAUCAGCCACAUCAAGUAGGUCCAGUUAACAAUGCAAUUGAUGCCAUGAUAGGCCAGUCAGUGUAUGGUGUCAUAGAAGCAACAUUUGAUGCUGGAUAUUUGCUGAAUGUCAGGGUUGGUGAUACAGAAACCACUUUGAGGGGUGUUGUUUUUAAGCCUGGACAUUACAUCCCUGUUAAUCCAGAAAAUGAUAUUGCCCCAGAUCCUGGGCCUAGAGAUAGAAAUGGAACUGCUCAUGCUGACCGUGCUGCUAAUCCAGUUGGCUCAAAAGGUAAGCAGGUGCUUUCAGUGGUACCCCAAACUCCUCCAAUAUCAAGAGGCAAUGUAGUUCCUGUUGUACUUCAGCCAGUCAAUCUAUCAAAUGGUGCACUGAGUGCCAGUGCCACAAACCAAACUGCUCAUCUGGUGCCUUCAAAAGGCAAGCAGGUUCUAGAUGCUGCUCCUUCAUCAAAUGGAUUAACACCAACAAAUGAGAUUAUACAAUUUCAAUCUCAAAAUAACCACCAGGUGAUAACAAGUCCCUUUAAUCAAAAUCCAGCAGGGGGACUGCAUGAAUCAGAAGUCAGCCCGAUGAAAACAACACAUAUGCCUUUUGAGAAACUGUUAACUGAAGUCAUCAGGAGGGUUCAUGCUCCAUCACAAUCAACAGAGACUAAUAGCAGCUUAGCUGUUAACUUGCCUGUGGAAGAUUCUGGUAUUGUGGAAAAAAAGGAUGGCAGUGACACAGAACAGGCCCUGUCAGUUAAACCGCUGCAAGUUUUACAGCCUAUUGUUGACAGCCAUCCUGCAGUUGCAUCUAUACCUUCUGAGGACUACAAGACUGGCAAAAUGACUCAGCUCUUGCAGAAGGUUUUGCAGGAAAACAUGACAUUCUGAUGGCUCAGACUGAGGAGCCAGCUGCAGGUUCUGGAUUUUGAACUAGAUAAUUUGAAAAGCCCAGAAACCGAGGUUGGAAGUGAAUGGAGUAGUAUUUCUAAGAUCAGGGCACGGGCAGAUGGUGUACCUGCUGCUUCUGGACUAUCUGACAUGUUUCCGGAGAAUAAAUUGCUAGGCUUGUACAAGUCUAUAGAUAAUUAGCGUCAUAAACUAGGUAUAGAGGCCACAGAAGAUCCAUCUUUGCUUGAAAGUGGGAGGCUAAGUGUCUCCUCAAAGACUUUAAUCUUAUUUUUUCUUUACAGUUAUAAAGGAAACCUAGGUGCUUGUUAGCGUUUGGAACUGUAAUUUAUUCACAGUUUGAAUUGAAAGAUAGCUUCUUAUUAGACAUUUAUACAGCCUCCGCUUUUAUCAUUGUAUCA